AUGUCAACGUUUACAUUCAGUACAACAGAAAAGAACAAACCUUUGUUAAUAUGUAAAGACUUUGCUUAUACUAUCGAUAAAACAACUAAUGAUAAAAGUUAUUGGAAAUGUGAACAUGUUCGAAAAUUUAAAUACGAUAAUCAUAAUCAUCCUGGUAAUCCCGUUUCAACUGAAAUUCGAAUAUUUGAAGGAAAAAUUCGUCAUCGAGCACUUAAUUCAAGCGAAGCUACACAAAAUGUUAUUGAUUAUUGUCUCACGAAUUUAUCCGAUCAUGCUGCAGCUCGUCUUCCUGAUUUUUACUCUUUUGUUUGUCAAUUGUUCGUUUUGAGCGUGAGUAAUUCUAUAAUUGUGUCACAAUAA